GUGUUAAAUUUAAAAAACAUAUAUAUAAGGAUGCAAUUAUGUAUUUAGCGAAGCAAUUUUCCGUUAUAACUAUCACCGGUGCACUCCUUGGCUUUCCCUGAUAUCUAAAAAUCAACUGCGCACUAGAUUCUAGGGUUUUACUGGUUUCGUUUAUUCAUUUUUUAUUUUCCAGAUUGGAGGAGUAAAGAGUAGGCAACAGGGAGCUAGAGAUUAAAUUCAAGAUGGACGAUUACCAGGAGAUGGAGAGAUUUGGCACGGAGAACGACUUCGAGGACGGCCAAUGGAUAAACGGCGAGUUCUUCUAUCGGAGUCGCAAAGAGAAGCGCAAGCAAACCAAGGAUGAUGUUCUCUAUGGGGUUUUCGCCGACUAUUCCGAUUCAGAUGACGAAUUUGGCUACGGCUCAUCUUCCUCGCGUAAACGGAGAAAAGACCGUGAUUUUGGCCGGAAGCCUGACCUUUCUAAGCCCGUCAAUUUCGUCUCUACAGGUACCGUGAUGCCUAACCAAGAAAUUGAUAAGAAUGCCAAAGAAGAGAAUGUUGAUGAUAUGUUUGCCGAUGAUAAUGACAGGCCAGGUUUGGGGUCAGGUUCAGGGUCGGGGCUGGGGUUUAGUUCCGGAUUAGGGUUUAAUGGUAGUAAUAAUGGGGUUGAAAAGAGUGAGGGGUUUGAGAAUGAGGUUGGUAGUGAGGAUGAGGAUAAUUUUUUGCCUACUGAGUUUGGGAGGAGGAUAAAAGAGGGAGCACAAAGGAGGGAGCGGAAGAGAUUGGAAAAGAAAGAAAAGGAAGGAGGGAAAAAGAGAGAAGUGAGAACUGGGGAUGUUGGGGAGUUUGAGAAGCAUACAAAAGGAAUUGGGAUGAGAUUGUUGGAGAAAAUGGGGUAUAAGGGAGGUGGACUGGGGAAGAACGAGCAAGGGAUUGUGGCUCCAAUUGAAGCAAAGAUGAGGCCUAAAAAUAUGGGAAUGGGUUUCAAUGAUUUUAAAGAAGCGUCCUCUAAGUUGCCUCAGCUGGAGGAGAUUAAUAGUGCGAUUGAGAACCAGAGCCAGAGUCACGCUGUAGGGAGAGCAAAGGAGAGGCUCUGGAUGAAGGGGAGGAAGAAGAAGAAAGAGGAGUAUAUAACAGCAGAGGAGUUGUUGGCAAAGAAGGAAGAACAGGGUUUUGAGGUUGUACAGAAGGUGCUUGACAUGCGGGGACCUCAAGUGAGAGUGCUAACAAAUUUGGAGAAUCUGAAUGCAGAGCAGAAGGCAAGGGAAAAUGAUAUUCCAAUGGCAGAACUUCAGCAUAAUGUGAGGCUAAUUGUGGACUUGGCUGAGUUGGACAUUCAGAAGAUUGAUAGAGAUUUGAGAAACGAGAGGGAGACAGCUAUUAGCUUGCAGAAAGAGAGAGAGAAGCUGGAAAUGGAGGCUUCACGCCAGAAGAAACAAUUGGAUAACAUGGAGGAAAUCAUGAGCAUGUUGAGCUAUAUUGAGGAGCAGAAUUCCUCUGGAACCUUGACCUUGGAUUUGUUAGCAAAGUGUUUUGCUGGCCUACGAAGGAAAUUUGCAGAUGAUUACAAGCUUUGCAACUUGUCUAGCAUAGCUUGUUCAUUUGCUUUGCCUUUGUUCAUUAGAGUAUUUCAGGGAUGGGAUCCUCUUAGAAAUCCAUUGCAUGGAUUGGAACUUGUGGAAUUGUGGAAGAAUGUGCUGCAAGGUGAGGAAGGUAAUGAUAUUUGGAAUGUAGCCACACCAUUCACACAAUUAGUAUCUGAAGUAGUUUUACCUGCUGUAAGAAUAGCUGGUAUUAAUACUUGGGAACCUAGGGACCCUGAACCGAUGCUUAGAUUUUUGGAGUCAUGGGAAAAAUUGUUGCCUGCAUCAGUUAUCCAGAGCAUAUUAGAUAAUGUAGUCCUGCCAAAAUUGUCUACUGCUGUGGAUUUGUGGGACCCUCGUCGGGAAACUGUUCCAAUCCAUGUUUGGGUGCAUCCAUGGCUGCCGCAGUUGGGACAGAGAUUGGAGUAUUUAUACGAGAAGAUACGUAUGAAGUUGUCUAUGGUUCUUGGUGCUUGGCACCCUAGUGAUACGUCUGCUUAUGCUAUAUUGUCCCCUUGGAAAACUGUGUUUGAUUCAGCUAGUUGGGAAAAUCUUAUGCGCAAAUUUAUAGUUCCUAAGUUGGAGGUUGCAUUACAAGAGUUCCAAAUAAAUCCUACUGCUCAAAACCUUGAUCAAUUCUAUUGGGUCAUAUCAUGGGCUUCUGCAAUUCCAAUUCAUCUCAUGGUUGAUUUGAUGGAGAGAUUUUUCUUUGUCAAGUGGCUGCAGGUUCUAUAUCAUUGGUUGUGUUCAAAUCCAAACUUACAGGAGGUUCAUAGAUGGUAUACAGGUUGGAAGGGACUCCUCCCACCGGAGCUUCAGGCCCAUGAAAACAUUCGAUAUCAAUUUACUCUUGGCCUCAACAUGAUUGAUCGGGCUAUUGAAGGUAUGGAAGUGGUCCAACCUGGCUUGAGGGAGAGUUAUCUUAGGGCACAAGAACCAAAGCAGUUUGCAUCACAUGCUCAACAGCAACCUGCAAUGGGUGUGGGAAGCACAGUCCCGGCAGAUGGUGUGGGUGGUGGUCUUGAGAUGACUUUGAAGGAAGUUGUUGAGGCACAUGCACAACAUCAUGGCUUGCUAUUUAAGCCUAAACCUGGCAGGACAUACAAUGGUCAUCAGAUUUAUGGCUAUGGAAACGUAAGCAUAUAUGUGGACUCACUGCAUCAAAGGUUGUAUGCCCAGAAAGAGGAAGAUUGGUUCCUGACAAACCUUGAUAAGUUGCUUGAGAUGCAUAACAAUUCUCUUACAAAGAGACGUUGAUUUUUAGAGCUCUGAGGAGUUGUUGGGUUGUGGAACAACUACAGGCUGAGAAAGCUGUCCUUCAGAUCAAAUAGGGUGUGAUGCAUCAUGCAUAAAAGUAAUCGAAGUUAAGAGAUACGAACUGGAAUAUGCAUGAAGGCUUCAUGCUUGGCGCUGCACCGCUACCCUAUGGAAGAUCAAGAUGAGACUGCUAUAGGUUGGCAAUUAGGUGGUACCGUGUAUUUGCUUGAGCAAGUCCAGCUAAGGUCAAAUUUCACAGAACACAGGAGUUGCUGAGCGAUGUUUGAAGUCUGUGCCAUGGGCUAUGAUACACCAAUACAUUUUAUAGAUUAUAAGCAGCUACCGUGUAUAAUAUGCCGCAUAUUAGUCCCUGCACCGUGUACUAUUAAAUGGCUAUUGUUGUGGACUACUGAUAUCUUGAGGUACAUUGCCAUUAUUGAGAGAAUACUGAGAUGAGGAAUUACCUGGUAUUGAUAUGACUUUGACAGUUAAUGGACUAAGCUUGUCAAUGGUUAUUUGUUACCCGUUCAACUGAA